GAACUCACGAAGGUCGGUCAAUUAUUGGGUCUAUGGUGACACUUAUGUUCGCCUGACAACUUAAAAGAAUGGAUUUGUGGUCUGUAAUUUUGGCUGGAAGCGCCAUAAUCCUACUUUAUUACUACUUGAAAAGAAAAGACAAGUUCGCGAAACAUGGGAUUCCUUGUAAUAAGACGAUUCCGUUUGUCGGAAACUUGUGGAAAGUAAUCUUCAGACGUUGCACUGUUUUCGAGAUGGUAGACGAACUUUACAGAACACACAACGAAGCUAAAUACAUUGGCGGCUACGAGUUCCUGCGCCCGAUGAUUGCUAUCCGCGACUUGGAACUGAUCAAAACUAUCACCGUGAAGAGCUUCGAACACUUCAUGGACCAUCGGGGCAUGCGGAGCGACGCGAACGAUCCUCUCUUCACGCAGAAUCUCUUCUUCUUGAAAGGGGAGAGGUGGAAAGAGGUGAGGAACGCGUUAAGUCCCAUCUUCACGUCCAGCAAAUUGAAAGGAAUGUUCGUUCUGAUGAGCGAAUGCGCGAAGCGAUACGGCGAGACUCUGGCGAGUCUGCCGACCGACCAGAGGACCGUGGAGCUCAAGGACGCGUUUACUAGAUACACUAAUGACGUGAUCGCCACGUGCGCGUUCGGAAUAGAAGUGGACUCGAUGAAGGACAGAAACAACACGUUCUACGUCUACGGUAGAGAGGCCACCGAUCUCAGUGCCUGGAUGAUAAUGAAAUUCUUUUUGUCGAGCGUCUUUCCACGGUUGACCAAACUGCUCAAUGUGAAAGUC